AUGUUCUUCAGGUUAUUCUUAUUUCUCUCUGUUGCUUCUGUUUCUUUAGCUGCGGGAAAUGUCUGCAAAACCGGUAAUAUAGUCAACCGUCUUGUGAACUCCCAACCUUACUACUGGCCAGCCACGUGGAAUGAAACUCAGACAGCUCCUGCUCUGGAGAUGGGACAGACUUGCAGUUGGACUGUAACUAUUCCACAGGGGUACUACGCGAAGUUGAUAAUCAAUGGGCAGACUCAAGACUCAACGUCGAUAUUUCAGACAAUUGAUGCUGCUGGAAAUUUGAUGAGAACAAGUCAAGAAGGAAUGCAGCCAUAUUACUUCCCACCAUCCAAGUUUUCGGUUACUGUAUCGAAUCAAGCUGCAGCUACGUUCGCAUUCAGAAUCGAAUGGAAACUUCUCCCAACUAACCCCACUCUCUACACUCAGAUCAGCGCAAUCGCAGAAGUAAUCAAUGCCACAAACAAAGAAUACUAUAUUGUAUAUGAUUCAAAUAGUGGAGUCUCUCUGCUCCCCUUCCCAGAAGACAUCAAUAAUUAUUACUCUCUGAGGAGUACACUCAUCUUUGACGGUGGAAGCAUUCAAAGGGGAGGAAAUUAUGUUGGAAAUCUUUUCCUUAUCUAUCAGUCUGGAAACCAAUACAUCACAAGUAAUGGUUUUGAUAGUGUGGUGAUUGUCAAUCUAGAAGCCAGCAACAACACUGACCGACUAUUGAUCCAAGAAUCUAUAUACGUGAAAAAUCUCCAUUACGUUGAGUUGGUUCCCGUCCCGAAUUCUCAGUAUAAAGCGACUUUAAAUAGUCAAGCUAGAACAUCUGCCUUGGUUUCAACAUUAUAUAUUAAACAGACACUCAUUGAUAUUCAGAUGGAUGAUAACGCAAAUAUCACUGUCGCUUAUGGAACCCCAGAUCCAAUGGUCUAUGAUAAGACUUAUACAGGACUGGAUUUCAAAAAACUACUUCCAAUCAUGUAUGAGACACCAGUACUUACAUUUGUUCUCGACAGUGGAGUUGCUGUGUUCACUUUUCAAGCAUAA